AUGAACCUUAUGUUACCAUAUAUCAUCCACCCUAGCCAAGGUGGCUUCAUUCAGCAAAGAUUCAUCUCGGUCAACAUCGUCCUUGCUGCUGACCUUUUGGAGGAUUUUAACAGGAAUGCCAAAGAGAAAUUUCUAUGUGCCAAAUUUGACAUUUCUAAAGCUUUUGACACGGUCUCUCGGGAAUUUAUACUUCAACACCUUUAUGAUAAAAGGUUUCCUGAUAAGUUUAUUGACUGGAUCAAAGCUUGCAUCAUGGAUGUUCACUUCUCCAUUUGCAUUAAUGGAGCUCUCGAAGGUUAUUUCAACUCCUCCUCCGGACUGCGGUAA